CCCGAAGUCGCCCCCCCACCCGACGUCCAAGACCCCGCAGGCUUUGCCGCCCCAGAGCCAAGGUCCCCCCAACGGCGGCCGCGGGCGCCCCAUAGCGAAAGUUAGGUGGGAGCCGCCCGCGGCCGGGCCGCGGAGCCGGGGGUUUCCGGGAAGCUCUGCGCACGGGUGGCACCCCUGUGCCCGGAGCCACUGCGGUGCCCCGGGCAUCCCCACCCCGCGCCCGGAGCUACGAGGCUGCGCGGGGGCCGAGGCCUCUGAGUGCCAGUGGUGGUGUUGUCCCUUGUCACCUGGAACCCCAUGCAGCCGGAACCCGGGCCUAGCGGGGCUGGGGCCCGCACUCGAUUCCUUCCCCUGAGGUCACAGCGCCCCGAGGGGGCAGGGGACACGGUGAUGUACGCCUCCACCGAGUGCAAAGCCGAGGUGACGCCCUCCCAGCAUGGCAACCGCACCUUCAGCUACACGCUGGAGGACCACACCAAGCAGGCCUUCGGAAUCAUGAACGAGCUGCGGCUCAGCCAGCAGCUGUGUGACGUCACGCUGCAGGUCAAAUACGAGGACGCGCCAGCUGCCCAGUUCAUGGCUCACAAGGUGGUGCUGGCCUCAUCCAGCCCCGUCUUCAAGGCCAUGUUCACCAAUGGGCUACGGGAGCAGGGCAUGGAGGUGGUGUCCAUUGAGGGCAUCCACCCCAAGGUCAUGGAGCGCCUAAUUGAGUUUGCCUACACGGCCUCCAUCUCCAUGGGUGAGAAGUGCGUGCUCCACGUGAUGAAUGGUGCCGUCAUGUACCAGAUCGACAGCGUCGUCCGUGCCUGCAGUGACUUCCUCGUGCAGCAGCUGGACCCCAGCAAUGCCAUUGGCAUUGCCAACUUCGCUGAACAGAUUGGCUGCGCCGAGCUGCACCAGCGUGCCCGCGAGUACAUCUAUAUGCACUUCGGAGAGGUGGCCAAGCAAGAGGAGUUCUUCAACUUGUCCCAUUGCCAGCUGGUGACUCUCAUCAGCCGAGACGAUCUGAAUGUGCGCUGCGAGUCCGAGGUCUUCCACGCCUGUAUCAACUGGGUCAAGUAUGAUUGUGAGCAGCGGCGCUUCUAUGUCCAGGCAUUGCUCCGGGCUGUGCGAUGUCACUCGCUCACACCCCACUUCCUGCAGAUGCAGCUGCAGAAGUGUGAGAUCUUGCAGUCGGACUCCCGCUGCAAGGACUACCUGGUCAAGAUCUUCCAGGAGCUGACCUUGCAUAAGCCCACGCAGGUGAUGCCCUGUCGGGCGCCCAAAGUGGGCCGGCUCAUCUACACCGCUGGUGGCUACUUCCGCCAGUCACUCAGCUACCUAGAGGCCUACAACCCCAGUGAUGGCACUUGGCUCCGAUUGGCAGACCUGCAGGUGCCUCGUAGUGGCCUGGCGGGCUGCGUAGUGGGUGGGCUGCUGUAUGCUGUGGGCGGCCGGAACAACUCGCCAGAUGGCAACACCGACUCCAGCGCCCUGGACUGCUAUAACCCCAUGACCAACCAGUGGUCGCCCUGUGCCUCCAUGAGUGUACCACGCAAUCGGAUUGGGGUUGGGGUCAUUGAUGGGCACAUCUAUGCUGUCGGUGGCUCCCACGGCUGCAUCCACCACAACAGUGUGGAGAGGUAUGAACCAGAACGGGAUGAGUGGCACUUGGUGGCUCCCAUGCUGACUCGAAGGAUCGGGGUGGGAGUGGCUGUCCUCAACCGUUUGCUCUAUGCCGUCGGGGGCUUUGAUGGAACAAACCGCCUCAGCUCAGCCGAGUGUUACUACCCCGAGAGAAAUGAGUGGAGAAUGAUCACACCCAUGAACACCAUCCGAAGUGGGGCAGGAGUCUGUGUCCUACACAACUGUAUCUAUGCUGCGGGGGGCUAUGAUGGUCAGGACCAGCUGAACAGCGUGGAGCGCUAUGAUGUAGAGACGGAAACGUGGACUUUUGUAGCUCCCAUGAAGCAUCGGCGAAGUGCCCUAGGGAUUACUGUGCACCAGGGAAGAAUCUACGUUCUGGGAGGCUACGAUGGCCACACAUUCCUGGACAGUGUGGAGUGUUAUGACCCAGACACAGACACCUGGAGUGAGGUGACCCACAUGACAUCCGGCCGGAGCGGGGUGGGUGUCGCUGUCACCAUGGAACCCUGCCGGAAGCAGAUCGACCAGCAGAACUGUACCUGUUGAGCCACUUUUGUUUCUUGGGCAAAAAAAUGGUCUGAUUGAGA